GCCAAAUUCACGCAAAAUCUCGUAUGAACCCAAAGUAAGACUUCAGAUCCUCUCUUUAUGCCGAAACAAAUAAUCCAAAAUUAUAGUUUUCGAAUUAUAAUUUUUGAGUAGUUUUAAAUACUUGGAAUUGCUCAGUCGAUAAAGAACCCCAAGAAUGAUAUACAUCGAAGCAAAAAUCACACAUCGGUGCACUCCGGCGAGCGAAUCACUCCAUAACGUGUGAAAUCCAUAAUGGUCAGUAUUUUACACGACUCCGAUAGUGAGGAUGAACUACCCCCUGGGUGGGAGGAGCGGGCCACGCUCGACGGAAAUGUUUACUACGUCAAAAAUUCUUGUCAUUAUACGAAAGGAACGCAGUGGACGCAUCCACGGACGGGUCGAAAGAAAAUAGUUGAAGGAGACCUGCCUUCUGGGUGGGAGAAAUGUGUCUCCGACGAUGGAAAAGUUGUAUUCGUCGAUCAUACAAAUAGAACGACGACUUACACUGACCCACGAUUGGCAUUUGCCACUGAGUACAGAGAACCUUUGCAACCAGUCAGACAAAGAUUUGAUGCUAGUACCCCCGCCCUCGCAGUCCUGCACGGCAGGGACUUGAGGGGAAAAAUAGCAAUUGUUACUGGUGCUAAUACUGGCAUAGGCUUCCAAACAGCUAGAUCCCUAGCUUUCCACGGAUGCACAGUAAUUUUCGCCUGUAGAAACGAGGAAAAAGCGGAAGCUGCCAUCGAAGAGAUAAAAAACGAAAGGGAAAACGUGACAUGUGAUACUCUACAGAUUGAUCUGUCCUCGCUGCAUAGUGUCAAAGAGGCGGCGGAGAAGUUCAAACAGAAGUACAGAACUCUCGACAUGUUGAUUCUAAACGCUGGUGUAUUCGCAUUACCAUACACUCUGACUCAAGAUGGUUACGAAAUGACCUUUCAAGUCAAUCAUCUUGCUCAAUACUAUUUAACACUACUCCUGGAGCAUCCAAUCAGAAGCAGCAAAAAUCCUAGAGUUGUGAUUGUCUCCAGUGAAUCUCACAGAUUUUCAACUAUUCAAACACCUGAAGACAUUCACCCCCUGACCCUCUCGCCCCCAGCCUACAAAUACUGGCAGAUGGCAUCCUACAACGACUCUAAACUCUGCAACAUUCUCUUCGCCCAGGAACUGGCCAGGAGAUGGCCCUCAGUCAAUGUCUUCAGCUGUCAUCCAGGAAAUAUGGUCUCCACAGAGUUAUCCCGUUACUCCUGGCUCUACAGAUUCCUCUUCGCUCUCGUGAGACCCUUCACAAAGUCCCUGCAGCAGGCAGCAAGCACCUCUGUCUUCUGUGCAGCAGCGCCAGAGUUGGAAGGGGCCACAGGACUUUAUUUCAACAACUGUUUCAGAUGUGAUCCAUCAAACGCCUCCCUGGACGCCACCUUGGCCUCUAGAUUGUGGAAUGUCAGCCAGGAGAUGAUUAUAAACGUCGUCAAGAGGGAAAAAUUGUGGUACGAUCUGGCCCUCAAGUGAAAAACUCGAUGAAUUCCAGUGCUCGUAGGAUUCUCAAACAAUUGUUUUGUAAUCGUUUUAUAUAUUUUUAUUAUCAACUGUACAUAUGGAAUAAUAAUGGGGGAUGUUAA